CAGCAAAACUCGACACCAAACAUCAACAAUGGCGGCGCGAGGAGUGCGUAUUGGCUCGAAGGCGGACGUACUCAAGAACCUGCGCUCGCUGCUGCGCGUAGCGCGUACGCGUGGGUCGCAGGAUUCUAUCCGCGACUGCAAGUUCUCGCAGCAGAUCCUAGCGCAGUACCGAUCGCGACAGCAUGAGAACGACCGUGCCAAAAUGCGUGUGUACCGUGCUGAGGCUAGUGACUACCUGAUGCUGCUGCAGGGCAUCGAGGAGCAGCGCUUUUUGUGGGCGUUGGAUGCGGGUGUGGAGAAGAAACUCACAGGACAGGAGAUCGUCAACGCCUCAGCGCGUCGUGUGGGUCUCGAGGUGCCCGAGAUGUACGCCGAAAAGCAGGCCGAAGAGGAACGAAAGAAGGCGGCAGCAGCGAAGUAUCUCGCUGACAAGCGAGCAAAGGAGGCUACCGCUGGACAGUAAAACUGCUCUUGUGGCUGUGAAUUGCAGGAUGCAGGCUACGAUUCGUAUAGAAAAUAAGGAACGUAGCUGGCAGACAGACCCAAUAUAUCUGAGCGACUCAAUGGCAACUCAAUGGCACUGUAAAAGUUUGUUUCAAGUAAUUGUUGGAUAAGCAAAAUUAAGACAAGGCGGGACAAGAACAAGCGUGACACCGGC